CGGGACUCGUCUCCGUCUGGCGCUGACGUCACGACUGUCUGGGGUGCUCGCGGAGCGGCUGAGACGCCUUGGACUUGAAUGAGGGGGAAGGAAGCGGCUGGGCUCGGUCAAUAGGAGCAGCAGCGAGCGAUAGAGAAACAAAGUAUAGUAUAGCAACUCGGUGGUCUGUCCGUACCUUCCUCCCGGUCCGCCAGUUCGGGACGGAAAACCCGUCCCUCUCCCCCAAAUUACCGUAUUUCUUUUUUUUCUUAGAUAGCUCUUGGUAUCGACUGUCCGAAAGUGGCAAGCUCCUGGACUCGAGACUUCACCGUCGCCCCCCCGUUCUGUUGCCUCAUCGGUAAAUGUACAACUUGAUGGGUCUGAACAGCACAGCAGAAGCAGCCGCCUCAGCCAUUCAGCCCAAUGUCUCCUGCAUAUGUAACUGCAAACAGCCUUUGUUUCCGACUAUGGAGAUCUCAAACAUGGAGUUUGUUCAGAUAAUCAUCAUUGUGGUGGCAAUGAUGGUAUUGGUUGUUGUCAUCACAUGUUUACUGAAUCACUACAAACUCUCAGCGCGAUCCUUCAUGAAUCGUCAUAGUCGAGGGCGGAGGAGGGAAGAUAACUUAUCUUCGGAAGGGAGCUUGUGGCCAUCAGAUGGUACAACAUCGGGAACAGGAGUAAUAGAGCACCAGAUCUACACACCUAGCACAACAGACCGGUUGACAGUACCUUCAUUCAUGCAGAGGGACCGUUUCAAUCGAUUUCAGCCCACAUACCCUUAUUUACAACAUGAAAUAGAUCUCCCACCUACCAUCUCGUUAUCAGAUGGGGAAGAGCCUCCUCCUUAUCAGGGUCCUUGCACUCUGCAGUUGCGUGAUCCAGAACAGCAAAUGGAACUAAACAGAGAAUCUGUACGGGCGCCACCCAACAGAACCAUAUAUGACAGUGACUUAAUUGGUACCUCAGUCUGUGGGAGGCCUUGUCCACCCAGCAGUAACUCUGGAAUAAGUGCAACAUGCUAUAGUAGCAAUGGUAGAAUGGAAGGCCCUCCACCCACCUACAGUGAGGUCAUAGGUCAUUAUCCAGGUUCUACAUUUUACCAGCACCAGCAAAGCAAUGGCACACCUUCAGUAAUGGAGGCUAACAGACUUCAUCCUUCACAAAUCAAUGGCCUUGAGAGCACAAUUGCACGCAACAAAGAAAAACAAAAAGGACACCCUUUUUAAACAGAGGAAGAAAAGAAAAAUACAUAAUCUCUGCACUUCAUAUUAUAAAAGAGAAGAGAAGAAUUGCUUUUCUUUUCAUCUCUAUAUAUAAAAUAUUUACUUGUUAUGUCUGGUCUGAGUGCACAAGCUAAAAAGGCUUCCUAGUGCGAUCGUUUGUUGAGAUGCAUCUUGAGGAAACAUUCAAUGUUAGUCUUUGUUAUAUUUUUAGUUGAGCUGUAUGCGGGAAUACUUUUUGUCUAUAAUUAUUUCACUUAACUUUGAAGAAACAUUUGCACAAAAUAUUUGUUAAAAAAAGAUCUGCAAUAUGUAUAAUAAGAGAAGAACUGUACGCGCAAGGACAUGAGUAUUUUUGUAAUCGCAAAGGCCUAUAAUUUUUUUCCUUUUUUUUUUUGUCAGCACUAGAUAAAGAGAUGUGGCCAUCUUUUUUUCUUUCCUUUUUUUUUUUUUUGAGUGCCAACUCAGAGUGUGUUAUUUCAUUGUUAAAGAAAAAGCAGGGGUUUAGAGUUAUUUAUAUAAAUAUUGAAAAUUUUGCACUAUUUUUAUUAUAACUAAGCAAGCAUAUGCUUGUGAUAGUGAAAACAAAAACCUCUAUCAUAGUCUCUCACAGCCUUCAGACAUGGGAAAGUGAAAUAUAACUUAAAAUAUUGUUGGUAUAGAUAAUCACAUAAUUAUAUACAUUUUAACUUCUAUAGUACUGUAUUAAAACAUUUCAUAUGACUGACAGCUUUAUUUAAUCGCUGACUUCCUGACCUGUAUAUUUAGUCUAGUAACCAAGUUUCUUUAACAUCCAUAAGUAUUCAGACUUGUCCAGAUUAAUGGCCCUGUUUGAGGGAUUGUGGGAGCAAUAGAGGGAACAUCGAGAAAGUUGCAAUAUACCUAAAGUCUGCCUUUUUGAUGGUGUAAAUGUUUAAUUUAGAUGAUGACAGUCUAUAGCUGUGCGAAUUUCUUUUAAGUGGUAUUCUUUUUUUUUUUACUUCAAAAUUCUUAUGCAAAAGGUAAUGCAGUCAUGUCACACAUCAUUUCAGUGUGUGUAAUACAUUCGUAUAGCCAUUCUGUUACCAACUUGCUUCUUACUAAAUAAGUGUUAUCAUUAAAGAGACCGCAGAUGGAAAUAAUUGUGUCAUUUUGCUCAUGUUGCAUUACUGCAAGAACCAAAAGCCUUUAAAAAGUGGGAGCAAAUUGUUCAGUGUUGAACAGAUCCACACAAUGUACUUGGGUUUGAGAAGUUUAGAAGCACUUUGUAUUAGUUCAGUAUUUUCAUAUUAAAUUGUUUCUUGUGAUUAGACUGUCCAUUCACUUCUGUUUUAGUCCUGCCUGAGUAGGGUGUGAUGGUACAUUUUUCCAAAUAAAUUUAGAGUGUGCAGCUGCUGAAAUUAAUUACUUAACAUGGCGCAGUCAAAUGUCUUACCGCAGUUAUGGUGCCUUUUGAUAGUCCUUGUCUUAGUAGGCCAGGUAUGUACUUCCUAACUUGUUUUAUGUGUUUUCUUGCUAGCCAAUUCUUAGUAGAUCAAAAGCAUUUUUGAGACUCAAUAAUUUAAUACUGGACACUGCUUGGUGAUUAUCAUUCGUAGCAUGUAGUGAGAGUUGUUGGAUGGGUGCAGGAGAGCUCAUGCAAUGCAGUUUGUGCAGUUUCAGUCUUUAUAAAAGCAAUUGAAUGAUAUUUGCAUUAAGAUUUCAAAGUAGGUUUUUGGGACUUCCUUACGCAAAGCAGUACCCCCUCCAUUACUGUUCACCUGCAGGGUCAAUUCAGCCUAAAGGAAAAGAAGAUUCCCCUUUUCUAAUGACUGCCACACAUGUUAAAAAUCAAGUUUAACAUACUUGGCAUUCAGUAGAUUGAUUCUGUUAUUGGUACAUUUAGUAAUUUCAUUCUUACCAAAGAAUAUACAUGCUAAUGCACAUUUUUUAUUUUGGAACGGUACUUAAAUUCCGAUUUCCCUAAGUGCACUAACAAAAAGCAGGAUUUAAGUAAUUCUGCAGGUAGUUUUCAUUUUUAUGUCGCCGUAUUUCCUUUUGGAAUCUGUCAUAGCAUCUGAAACAUUUUGGCCCAUGGCAGUAAACUGUCAGUGAGAGUUAAGAAUGACUUGGCAAGUACAGGCAUAGCUGGCAUCUAUAACUAGAGCUGUGGGUGAGAGGACAGCAUCUGGAAAGUAACUUUUAUUUGUUCAGUUUUGCUGGAUGAAAUAAGAAAAGACUGCAAAUACCAUUUUGGGAGCUUGCAGUUUAAAAAAAAAAAUCAGAGAAUCCAUGAAAAUGGAUACUCUGUCUGCAUUGAGAAGCAACCAUCUUUACCGAAAAACAAAACAAAGCCAUGUCUGUAUGACAGCCUCUAUCAAGCCUCCCUUGGAUUGGAGCAAACUGUAAAGUAGUAAUAGCCAUUCAAUAAUGCUCUGGCAGAAGUACAACAUAGGUCAAGAUUAGCUCAAAUGUAGUUUUUUUUUUCACUUUUAUUUUUUCAUUUUUCUGACCAUAGCUGUGUCAAAAUAAUAGUCAUCAGUCCCGUGGGGUGGUGCACAUACCCAGAGCAGUGGCAUCACACUGCAAAUGGUUCAAAGUGUGUGGAGAAAGAGUCAGGGGUAGCUGUUUUCAAAAUGUUUGUGUUCUACAGAAUGAAAACAAAAAUGUAUCCAUGCAAGAGAUUGUGUUUAAUCCGUGCUGUAUCUUUUAUCAAUAAAAAUUGGAUCAUAAAUGUAGAGCAGUGGAAGUUAAUUUAAUUUAAAAUAGCUGUAGUCAUGGGAAGAGAAGGCAUUGUCCUGGUGGUGGUAAGGAUGCCCUGGGGUACCAUAACUGCACCAUGUCUAUAACAAUACCAAAAUCUGAUACUGCUUUAAAGUUUUGGGCUGUAUUUUCAGAUGGAGUUUUUUUUUUUCUGUAAGUUAUGCAAGAAGAAUUAAAAUACCACAGAUUCA